AGUUGUACUUCAACUUCUCACGAUCAAAACCAGAGAGUUUGACGAUUCCCACGAUCGAAACUAUAGAGCAGUUUAAUGAUUCCUACGAUCUGAGUUCAGUUGAAGGUUAAACGAUAACUACCCACACAACCGCUAUAUACAGAUAAAUAAUCGAAAAGAACCCAAUUUUCGGAACUAGACUCCGGGACGUGUCUUGGAACCCAUCCUUCUUCACACAUUCAAUCCUGGACGCCCACUUUCAGGAGCAAAUCUCAUGGCCAUGUUCCUCCACCUAUGCCGCCGCUGCCUUCGUUGCCAUCUUCUCCAGAUACUGAGAGUGUUAGAUCGAGCAGACAGAGAGAUGGCAUACUUGAGCAUGGGAGAAGCUCACAGAAGAAUUACCGACUACCUCAACCGCUUCUCCGAUGCCGACGCCCUCAACGUCUUCCAGGACUUCAAUAGAUUGAUCAAACAGUCCGAUAACGACUCGCAGUUUGGCGAAAUUCUGGUGCAUCUCUUCCGGGCUUUUCAGAGCUACCGAAUUGGGAAUUUCAUUGAUUCCUAUCAGACAUAUGAAAAACCUGCGAAAGUAUUGAUCUUUUUUUAUUGA